AUGUCGUCCCAAUUCGAUGCUGACAACGCCGACAAUUUAGAGGAAAUUGAAAAGCAAUUCGCCGUCAAAGCUGUCAACCAGGCUGAAACAUACUGGGGUCUUCUUGAAAAAAUCCCAGGCUCCACCUUAAAGUUGACUAAACACGAUGACGAUAUCUUCGAGUCACUUUUGCAAGACUUCCCAGAAUUCAAGGAACCUGCCAAAGUGGCGGAAAUCAGGGAACUGGAAAUGAAAUCGCCAGAAGGUAAGAAAAGAUGGAGAGACUUCUGUGAAAAGUUCAACGAAAUUGAAGACUACAACUUUGGUACUUUGUUGAGAACCAAGUCAAAUGAGUUUUACACACAAGAAGGAACCAUUUUUGCUGUGAGAAUCCAGUUUUAUGCUAUUGAAAUCGCUAGAAACAGAUAUGGUUUGAAUGACUGGGCUGUUCUCAAGAAGUAA